AUGGCAUACGGUAGUGCAGCUGAUGCGUGUGACGAGUACCUCCGGCUAGGUGAAAGUACUUUAAACGAUAUCAAUGUCUUAGAUCGCUCACCUGUUUUUGAUGACAUCUUACAUGGUAAAGCUCCGAAAGUAAGGUACUCUGUCAACGGUCACAACUAUCGUCUACCAUAUUACCUGACGGACGGUAUAUAUCCAAACUGGGCAACAUUUGUCAAGUCUAUUCCUCUUCCCCGAAGUGAAAAAGAUACAUUAUUUGCUCAAUGCCAAGAAUCUGUACGGAAAGAUGUCGAAAGAGCUUUCGGAGUCUUGCAAGCCUGGUUUGCUAUUGUCAAAAAUCCUGCCUUAAUGUGGGAUAAAGAGAAGAUAGGGAAGAUUACGAGAACAUGUCUCAUAUUACACAAUAUGAUAGUCGAAGACGAACGACCUACCAACACUCAACUUAAUAUAUCUGAAUUCGUACAAGGUGAAGGAAGCAGAACUUCAUAUGUCGAUAUGAGUUACUGA